GUACAACCAACAAUUUGGUUUGGUAGUAGAAGAUUAGAUCAAUCAGUAAUUCGUUCAAUAGGAAUUUAUUAUGGAUGGACAUAAAAAAAUAAUUCUAAGUAAAAUGUUAUAACAGUAAAACUCCAAUAGUAACAGUGCUAAGUUAAUUUAUGUAGUAGUUUGGCCUAAAUUUAAAUUUUAAGAAAAUGCGUUCAAUCUGGAUUGUUGGGGCGCUAUGCCUACUGGCAACUUGGUUCUUUGCUCAUUUGUACCAGGGGCUACUGACUGCUUAUGAGCAGUCUGGUACACUUACAGAAAUGGAGUAUUCUUGGUUCUUCAGACUACUCCUCAAUUUAGCAGGCUACUCCACAAUCCUGCUGCCAGGCUUCAUUUUAUACAAAUACGUCGAUAGAUCCAACUAUUUCGAUAAAAUAAAUGGCUCGGGAUGUUUAUCACAAGUGCUGCUCUCGUGUUUCGGUGAGCCGACCGAACGGCUGCCCGAAUCGACGAAACCGACCAAAGUGGUAGAGACUUCGGCCAGGGCCGAGGGCGCUGAGCUGGCUUUCUGCUUCACUGGCCUCAUGGGCACCUAUCUAGUCUGGGGUUUGCUGCAAGAAAAGAUCAUGACACAGAAUUAUGUAAUGUCAGACGGGAGCCUUGUGAAGUUCAAUGACUCCCAGUUCCUGGUCUUCAUCAAUCGGCUGCUGGCAUUCAGUAUUGCUCUGGGGCGGCUGCUGUGUGCACGCAAGCCUUUCGUUGCCGCGCCGCUGUACAAAUUCUCUUACUGUUCGCUCACAAACAUCAUCAGCGCCUGGUGCCAAUAUGAGGCGCUUAAAUACGUCAGUUUCCCCACACAGGUGCUAUCAAAGUCAUGCAAAGUGAUUCCAGUGAUGUUGAUGGGGAAGUUGGUAUCGCGAAACAAAUACGAACUGUACGAGUACGUAACGGCAGUGUUGAUAUCUGCCGGCAUGGCUCUCUUCAUGUUUGGCAGUCGGGACGAUUACUCAGAGUCAACAAUGACGACAAUGUCGGGUGUGACGCUGCUAGCACUGUACAUGGUGUGCGACAGCUUCACGUCGUCGUGGCAGGGCGCGCUGUUCACCCAGUACAGCUGCGACCCCAUGCAGAUGCUCUGCGGCGUCAACCUGUUCUCGUGCCUCCUCACUGCCGCCGCGUUGGUGCACCACUCCAGUACGGCCACCUCGAUACAGCUGCUUCAACACCCGGUGUUCGCAACAGACUGCCUGCUCCUCUCACUGAGCUCGGCCGUGGGCCAGCUGAUCAUCUACCGCACCAUCGCCAAGUUCGGAGCCGUCGUCUUCACCAUCAUCAUGACUCUCAGACAGGCUGUGUCAAUUCUCCUCUCGUGCCUCGUUUACGGGCAUAAUGUAUCAGUGGGCGGGGCGUUCGGCGUGUUACUGGUGUUCGGCGCGGUGCUUCUGCGCGUGUACUGCCGACAGCGGCUGCGCCGGCGCCGGCCCGCCGACAUCUAGCGACCGUCCCCCCUCGACACCAAGGUGAUACUGACUACCGGGGACACUAAAAGUGUUGAAAGUGACGUAUAAAUUAUACAGAAUUAAUAUUGAAUAUUGAAACUUGAGUGAGAAUGUACUAUUUGUAUUUAUUUUAUAAUUAUAUUUUUUGUUUUCCGUUUAAAAUGUCUGUUCUGUAUAAGCAGAGAGUUUUCAUCACUAAACUAGGAAUAUAGACAUCAGUGGGAUUACUGCAACUUUGAUGGGAUUGGCCUGAAGACACUUAUUUGAAAUAUGUACUUCAUAAAAUAUCGAAUAGGUAUACUGUUGCUUAUUUCUUUAUAAGUUAAGUUAUAAAGGGAAUAUGCUUAGUCAUUUCAGAGUUUAUAUUUGACCUAGUCUACAUCCCUGUUAUAGUUAUUUAUUUAUUAUUUAACUAUUCUAUUUUAGAGAUUAUGAUAAUGAAGAUGCGUUAAAUUUGUCGGGUGUAUGUGGAAAGGGUGAAUAUAAUUUUAACCCCAUUUUUACAAUACGUUACCAAAUAACUUCAGGUUGCGGUACGUCCCGCACGAGCAUGAAUUACCCCGAUUUUAGCAAUAUGGUAAAUUAAAAUGGUGUUCAUAUAACAAACAUGAGGGGGGAAAUCGUAUCCAACGAUUGUUUUCAUUAGUCGCUGUAACGCAUGCGGUGUAAUGAGCGCGUUAUCGGCUAAUGAAAAUGAACCAUUAAAGAUAGCUUAUCUAACCGACUAUCUUUUGACAUGUACUUGUUGAAACGAUCGAUUACUACCACUAAAUCAUAAUCGAAAUACCCUGUAAAGUUAGGUAAAUGAAAAUUUGAAAAUAGUUGCCGCAUGUUAUACAUAAUAGCCCCGAGUCCUGCAGACACCUCCUAAUUUUAAGUUAUACCUGACAUUUUCUUAUCCGAAGAAAAUGAAAUUGACGGAUGAUUGUCAACAAGUUAAUUUUAAAGCGAAUGAAUUGCUCAGGCGAAUAAAAUAGGCAUCUCGCUACUACUUCGCCUAAGUCUACUUAACUCUGUCGGGUUAUUGGCCGAUGUAAAAUUUUUAGACGGUUGUUUUAGAUUUCUGCUUAAAAUUGACGUGUGUUCCAUAAAUUUUAUGCCUGUCGAUUACCCGUCCCUUUCUUUUUCAGCGGAUAAGAAAAUGACAGGUAUAACUAAAAAAAAAUUUGCUGGCGUCUGCAGGAAUUAGCACCAAUUUAUGGUUAAAUAAUAUAAAUCGGAUAAUUAGAUAACUUGAUUCGUGAAUGAAAAAGGGAAUGUUUUUGUAUAGUGCGAAAUGAGGAACUUUCCAGGCUGCGUUCCCAAAAAAAAAGAUGGCGCUGUUCAGAUAUAACUUGAUAAUUACCUAUUUUCUCAAUGAUCUGUUUACAUAAUUAUUCAAAAAUAUAAUUGUUAUUUGAUAUUUCGAUCAGAUAUGUAUAGAAUUAUCUGCGGUGUGAAGUUGAGUGAUAGAGUGAGAAACAGUGUGAUAAGACAGAGAUGUGGUGUAAAAGACGAUAUAGUGACUAAGAUUGAGAAGGGAAUGUUAGGUUGGUUUGGACACGUAGAGCGGAUGAAGGAUAAUAGAAUUGCAAAAGCGGUAUAUAAAGCGAAAGUUGAUGGUAGGGCUGGCAGAGGAAGACCGAGAAGGACUUACGAUGACCAAAUUGGAGAUGUCCUUAGAAAAGGUUUAAUACGAUCUACUCUGAACUGGCGUGCGUGUAUGAAGCGAUUGAUGAAUGUGGAGGAAGCAAGAGAAGUGUGUCAGGAUCAAAGCAAAUGGAAUUCUAUAGUAACUGCUUAUCCCGGUGGGAAAUAGGCGUGAGUUUAUGUAUGUAUAAAAUUAUGCUGCUACCUAUAUUGCUUCAUUUUAUUUUGAACAGAAUAGUAAUAGGGUGGAAGAUGUGUUGUGCCUGGUUGUAAUGACAAGAGUCAUCAUUUAUACCCAAAAACAAAGAUAAAAUAUGCAUAUGUUUAUUAUUAAAAGGCAAGUCUUUACGGCGCCAUCUAUAAUUAUUUUGGGGAACGAAGUCUGGCAAAUCCCUCUUUAAGAUUGUCCAAUUAAGCUAUUAUAGCACGUUCGUAUGUCGAACACGUAGAAACGUGGUACAGAUUGACUGAAGUGGAAUAGCGACUGUAAAUAACAUUAGUAGUAGGAAUAUACUUAAUAUCGGUCAACAUUAUUAGCAACUUGGUAUUCAGUCGAAAACCCCAAAUAUACAUUAUAGUUGAUAAUACUUAAGUAGACUGCCACGUGAUGGGUCCAUAAACUUGCUUGUAUAGCGGCAUAGCUGUGAUUAUAUCGGAUUGGGAUUCAAGUGACGCUAGUGUUAAAAAACGUAAUUUAAAAAAGUAAUAUUUGUUCUUACAAGUCGAAACAUUUAAAGUAAUUGUUACCUUGUGUUUACCAACAUAUUAAGGUUAUGUUCCGGUCCGGAUUACCGAGACUUGGAAGACAAUAGGCAUUCUAGGAUUAGUUUGGAUACAAAACAGCUCUGUGUUCGUAAUAUUUGUAACAUCAUGUUUAUGAUUUAUGAUUUACUAAUAGUGAGAAAAAGCAAUACCACAAAUUGAGCCUUAUUUAACAUUUACGAAUAUUAAAGUAUAAGGUAGCACGGUGAAUAUGUUCAUAUUUCAAUAUAGCGAAUUAGUAACAGUUAUACACCAAUUGCGGAAUGAAAGAGUUGAGAACGGAAUUAUAUUGUAUGUCGCGAAUGUGUUGCAACUGAUGGCAUGUUGGAUACCAAAGCUACACGCGCGUGUAAAUAUUAUUCACUGAAUAAUUUAUUGAGUCCGAGCAUUGUCAUGUUCCACUCGACUACUCUGGUUUGAGCGCAAGUUUGAUCCAAACAUACGACACAAACUACGCUGUCGAUGUUAGGCCCAAGCCAACGUGGAACAUGCUACUUGAUUCUUCCCCAUUUUCAAGCAUUUCAAGCAUUUUUUAAGAUACAGAAUAUUAGAUCUAAUUUAUCCGUUACCAAAAGUUAUUUAGAAAACAUCUUGUUAUAGGUGUCCUAAAAUAUAUAUA